UGGGACGUGUAGUUCCGCUUUGAGCCUGCUUGGCGUGCUAAGAAGCGCGACGCUAAGAAGAAAACAAAUCCAGGCCAAACUUCUCGAAAUUAACCUCGAACAUCUCUGAAAGUGUUAAAUAAGCAUGCCUGGAUUUACGUGCUGCGUGCCUGGCUGCUACAACAACUCCCAACGGGACCGCGAUCUCCGCUUUUACACAUUUCCAAAGGAUACAACACAGAGAGAGAUUUGGCUGAAGAACAUCUCCAGGAGCGGGGUUAAAGGGUGCUUCAGUACCUUCCAGCCCACCACGGGCCAUCGAGUGUGCAGCGAACACUUUGCUGGGGGCAGAAAGACCUAUACAAUCCGAAUCCCAACUAUAUUUCCACUCCGGGGCGUAAACGAAAAGAGGAGCCGAAGAGGAAGGGGCAGAGGUAGGAGAACACCCGCCGUUGUUGUGCCCUUGGUAUCCGUUCCCUCACCUGCAAAUGUCUGCACUUCAGACGGUUCAACACAAUUUACCAGCACAGAAGUGCAAACUGGUCAGAACGGGCAUGAUACGAAACCGGUGGACCUUACCGUGCAAACCGAUGAAACUACUGUGGUGCCUGGCCCGGCGACUAUGCCUGAAGAGCUGAACAUUCAGCUGGUUGAGAGUGCAUUGAGUGCAGCGAGAGGCGCUUCGAUUCGCAGUGUAUUUGACGUGGGAACGGUAAGCGCCUUGGACCAUGCAUAUUCUCUGCCCAUUGGAACAACUUCUGCCGACCUGUUGCGAAAACUAAACGAACAACGGGACAUCAUCGCGUUGAUGGAAGUGAAAAUGAAGGAGCUAAAAACCAACCUCAACCACCUAAAAGUCACCGAAGCCAAGCUCAUGGAGGAGAUCAGAGAUAGGGAUUCGCUGAUUUCCACAUGUCUCUCCAAGAAACCCUACGAGGUUGACGGGUUCCUAUAACGAACUUCACAACAAACUCUUAUUGUUGAUCUUAUUUUGAUAUGAUUGAAGGCCAAUGCUAUCUUCAGAAAAGGCCUUGCUGUACAUUAAGGUAGACUGUUUUUCUGCGGCUUUUUAAAAACACCCGAUCAUCUAUCGCCAUCCAAUGGACUGAAACUAACAGACCUACAUGUUAUUAGUUGUGUUUGUGCAGAUCUCAUUAGAAUGACUACGUAGGCCUCCAGUUUAUAUUUGGAUUUUGAGUGUACUCAGUGUGAUUAGACUACAAAAAAACAUGUUGAUUUCCUUCAGGGAUGAACAAAGACUUUUUUCAGUUUUUUUGCAGUCCAUUAUAGCUUUCAAGGGUGAGUUUGAAAGCAUGGAGUUAUCAUUCCACUUGGAAAUGACCUAAAGCAUUCGCUUGAAAUGUGUGGCCACCAGUUUGUCGUUUUCAUUUUUUCCUAAAAGAAAUAAACAGCAUCCCAUUUUACAAA